AUGAUAAAAAUGAAAGAUGAUAAGCCAACUCGUAUUGCUAAGGAUAAGGCUAGGAAAAUAGUUGUUAAUAUAUCUGAUUCAGAUCUUGAAUCUGAUCAGGAGGGUUUGGAAGACGAUAUAUAUUGUCCCAGCUGGUUGAAACCCAAGGCUAUUAGUCAAGUUCCAAGUAGUAAUACAAGUGAUACUUCAUUUUUACGUUUCACGGAACAAUAUAACACUAAUACGAAUCCAACAAUCAAAUCAAAUAAAAGAAAUCUCGAGUUAAGUUCGUUGUCAUACAUUCAAGUGCCAAUUCCACCUCAGAAAAAGAAAAUUGAUUCUCCUAUUCAUAAUUCUUUCUUCAAUCAACCCGACCUGCUUAAUCAAUUUCAAAAGAUAUUAAUCGAAAUCAUCGAAACGGAAAUAGCCUACUUCAAAAGUUUGCAUUUAUGUCAAUCGGUUUACAGUUCUUUGCUUUCAAAUGUUGCAGAAUACAAGAACAUCUUAACCAGUCAAGAGAAAUUGUUAAUAUUUCAAGAUAUCAUAUUGUUGACCGAAAUAUCAAAAAAUUUUAUCAAGUCUACAAUAGAUAACCUAAAACAGUGCAAUGGUUUCACCGAUGCAAAGUCGUUACAAAAAUUUGAAUUAGAUGAAGAUGAUCAGAAUAUUUUCAAUCAUAAUAUAAGACAAUUAGUUAUAAACUCCAACAUUCACAAGCUUGAUAUUGGUUUAAGCAUCCACAAAUUAUUUAAGGCAACAAAUUUCAAACCAACUAUAUUAGCCUAUUUUGCCAAACAUAAUUUCAGAAUGAAGAUUUUUAAUGGGAAACUUACUUACGGUGGACCUGCUGUAGGCAAAUGGUUAAAAGAAGCUAAUUUUCUAACGAAGUCCAAGACUAAAAGUUGGUCGCUUCAGACUAUUUUGAUACAGCCGAUGCAAAGAAUAAUGAAAUACCCCUUACUAUUAAAGCAAUUGAUAGAUAGUUCCAAUGCAAUAAGUUCUGAUGUUCAAAAACAUGAGCUCAAUCUAGCUUUAAUUAAAAUAAACCUGAUUAUUGACGAAUGCAAUACGCAAGAAUCCCUCUCUUCUUUCGAAGAAAUAGACAUAAAAAGUAAGCAAGUCAUGCUAGAUAAAAAGAGGCAAGAUACAAUUUAUGAUUCAAAUCUUGAAAGAUGUGUUCCCAUAGAAAAUGACCUAAGACUCAAUGUUGCAACUAAAGAUAGUAUUCCUUCCAAAGGGAGAAGUUGGCUACCCAUAAGAAAUAUUCUGUUUGCACCCAGAGAAAAAUUACCCCCAAAGCGUGGAGGGCAGUACGUAUACCUCGUAAUGUCUUUCAGAGACAAGUAUAAUAGAAUCAAGGGCAUACAAACGACUUUCGAAUUGUUCUCCAGUCUGCUUAUGGAAUUCAUGCAACAACAAUCCAAAUACGCAAGAUUGUGGAAACAGUUCCUUCAAGAAACCGAUACACCACGCGAUGGUCCUGCCCAUUACAUUGAUUCCAUCUAUUCCAGUUAUGUAGAUAAAAUGGAUAUACAAUUACUGAUGACCCAGUUACUUGUUGAAGAACUUGACUCGAAAUUGAUCUCUGCCAUCACUUUGGUCCUCACCUAUUGCGACGAGGUCAAGAUCCAAAUUCAAAUGCACAGAAAACUACGGAGUUCCUACGUCAACUAUAUCAAGGAAUGCGAACAGAACAAGCAUAAGCCUAAUAUCUUCCAGAAAACGAACUCCAAAGCCCAAACUUGCAUUAAUAUUGAGAAUCAGCUAAAGGACAAAUUGCCCCAGUUACUCCAGUAUUUAUCCACAUUCGUCAGCCUACUUCAAAAUCACUCUAAUAGGCUAUAUUUAAACUGGCUUAAACAACAAAUAGGCGAGAGGAGUCUACACGAAUUUGAGCAGUUGCGGAAUCCGUCUCUGUCAAAUGAAGAUGCAAAAUCUACUCACGCAGAUAUUAUCCAGUUUUACCACAACAACAUGCAACUAACAAAACUUGCUCUAGAAGAAGGUCACCAAGGAUUAGGUUAUUUCCGUCAUUUUACAGCCACGUAA